AUGGCCACCUUUGUCAUGCAAGCCCUUGGCUGUGAGGUGUCGGCCAUCAACACGGUCCAAUUCAGUGCGUUUGCGCCAGAAUCUACCACACCACAGCGCGCAUCUCUGACACAUGAUCAGGCNAACCAUACUGGAUACAAGCAAUUCAAAGGACGCAAAACUCCUGCCGAAGAAAUCGCCGACCUGUACGAGGGUCUGAAGCAGUCGCGCCUCAAUGACUUUGAUGUGCUGUUGUCUGGCUACUGUCCCAGUGCCGGUGUUGUGCAACAGGUUGGCAAGAUAGCACGUGAGACCAGAUUUGCAUCGACUACCAAGCCGGGUGCCUUCUUUUGGGGUACGUGA